AUGGCAGCAACCGCAGGAGAUGCAUAUUCAGCCUCCAAUGGGAUUUAUCCUGCAUGGCCUCCUCCAUGUGAAGAUCAUGAAAACAAAAAAGUAUGUCCGAAAUGUAUGUGCAGGGACUACGAGAGUGAAGUGGUGUUUAAGAAGACGUUGGCACCAAAUGACGUCCAAGGAAGAGGAGGCUAUAGGCUUUAUAUACCGAAGCCACAUGCAGCCAGAUUCUCCCCAGCAAACAUUAAUGGAAGUGAAGUGAUCACUUUCUGUGACGUUCAAAUGAAGUCCUGGCAAAUGGGUUUCCGUACAAUUAGAACUGAUGGAAGAGCUUAUCUCGGCAAAGGGUGGAUCAAGUUUGCUCGAGAGAAGCAGCUACGGGCAGGAGACACCGUUAUCUUUUAUGAGGUCAGGUGCGGGCAGAGGACAAGAUUUUUCAUGAUUGCAGUCUCUUACAGAGACCGUCUUCAGCUUCUUGGAGCUCCAAUUAAUUACACAAAUUAA